CUGCGAGUCUUGGCUGUUUUCUAUGCGGGUUCAGCUGAGUCCCAGUGAGGAUGCAGCUCCACAUUCCUGCAGCACCUCAGUAAAUAAAGCAGAGAGCCAGAGUCUAGGCCACUAUGGAGAACAUGUGUACGGUGCAGGUGAAGCUGGAGUUGGGCCACCGAGCCCAGCUCAGGAAGAAAGCCACCAAUGAGGGCUUCACUCACGACUGGAUGGUGUUCGUUCGAGGCCCGGAGACGUGCGACAUCCAGCACUUCGUGGAGAGGGUCGUCUUUAGGCUGCACGACAGCUUCCCCAAACCCAAGAGAGUGUGUAAGGAGCCUCCGUAUAAGGUGGAAGAGUCGGGCUAUGCUGGGUUCCUCAUGCCUAUAGAGGUCUAUUUCAAGAACAAGGAGGAGCCUAAGAAAGUUUGCUUUAAUUAUGACCUCUUCCUGAACCUGGAAGGCAACCCGCCGGUCAAUCACCUGCGCUGUGAAAAGCUCACGUUUAACAACCCCACAAACGAGUUUCGCCGCAAACUGGUCAAGGCUGGUGGGGUAAUGGUCAUACCUGAAGGAGCGGAGAUGAUGCCGAGGCCCAGUCCGGAUUAUCCUAUGCUGCCCACUAUUCCUUUAUCGGCCUUCUCAGACCCAAAAAAGAUCAAAUCUUCCCAUGGGAUAAAGGAGCCAAGUAAAGAUGGUGCGGGUGGAAGCAGCAAAGGCCCCAAACCCCAUAAACCCGCCAAAGAGCACAGAGAGCGCACAAGGAAAGACUCUGAAAGCAAAGCCACAUCCAGAGAGAGUGACCGUGACGGAGGGAAAUCCACACGAGAAUCUUCCUCCUUCUCCAGGAAAGCCACAGAUACCAGGGGAAAAGAGGAAACUAAAACUGUUCCCAAAGCAGCCUUUAAGGAGCCCAAACUCACGCUGAGGGAAUCUAAGAUGGACGCAGGUGGAGGAGGAACAGCAGCAAUAGGAGGAGGAGGAGGAGGAGGGGGAGGAGGAGGAGGAGGGCAGCUGGAGGGACGAGGCGUAAACAAACGCCCCUCAUCCACCACAGAGUCUCCCAAACUCAGCUCCAAGAAGCAGAAGAGCGUGAAGGGAUCCACCAGUGGAGGCUUAAGCAGCAACUCCCCCCGCAUUUCCUCAACCACCCCCUCCACCUACCCAGAGAAGAAAGUGUCAAAAGAAAAGAGGCACUGGGCCAAGAUGAGACCGGACGUCCAGGAAGUGAAGAGGCAGGCUGAGUCUGAUGAGUCCAACUCAGAAGAAGAGGCCUCCUCCAAAUCUGAGCAGUCGGCCCAAACCAGCCCCUCCAGCUCCAGCUCUAGCUCCAGCUCAGACUCCGACUUUGAGCCCUCACAGAAGCAAGGCCAGGGACCUUUGCGCUCCAUGGUGGAGGAUAUGCAUUCUGAAGGAUCUGAUGAUGACAGCAGCUCAGAAGUGGAAACACCAAUGAAGAACACUCCACCCAACCAGGACUCACGCUUGAGCAUGGACAGUGAGAGUGAUGGAGUGGAGGAGCCUCGCCCCCCCAGCCAGGAAGCCCCUUCCCCUCCCCACAAUCUCAGCACAGUCAACCUUAAGAUGCUGGGGAAGAAGAGUCCAGAUUCCUGCACCAGAGAGAAGAUGAUCAAGAGGGGAUACGACAAGGUAGGAAGGGCUUAUACUGAGGAGCUGGUGGAUCUCCAUCGCAGGCUGAUGGCUCUGAGAGAGAGGAAUAUCUUACAGCAGAUAGUAAACCUCAUCGAAAAGACAGGCCACUUCAACGUCACCAACACCACCUUUGACUUUGACCUUUUCUCCUUGGACGAAUCGACGGUGCGUAAACUUCAGAGCUACCUGGAGGCUACCUCCACAUGACAAAAAGGAGCGUUUUAUCCCUCUGUCACCUCACCUGGCGAAAAGGAAGCCUCUAAACAGACCCAGAGGCAGAGGGACAGGUUCUGAAAGCAGCGUAUAAAUGCACAAGGAGUGAAAAAAGAAGACGACAUAAUACUGUAAAAGAUAACGGACAAGAGGGCUGGGGUGGACUUCAGGGUCGAUCAAAUGAAGGCAACACUUCGUUUUUGCACUAAACCUAAAGAAACUGUCGGCACAAUGCUGUCCAGAACGGACGUGACUUCGCCGAAGGCAUCGCAACUGUAUACCGGUUUGUUAUUAAUAGUUACAAUACAAAGACCCGUUUGUGCCAGAGCCGUAACACUGAUGGCAUGGAUAACUUGCUCAUGUCUCCAAGGGCUUUGUGCAAAGGUUUCUCACUGAACUGAACUGCAGCUGUAUUUGCCCUCACAUCUCCUUACCCUCGUUUAGCUUACAUGCCCCUCUCAGUGUGGUGGUGUGGAAAGACACGGCCAGAUACCAACCUUAAAGGAGUGUUUCAUCUAAAAAUGCUAAUGUGGAUUGAAAGAUAAUGUGGGCCAGGCUGAAGUGGCUCAAAUCCGUUUUUUUUUUGCUGACACGCAUAUGAUGUUUCUCGAGGUGUGUGGACAGCCCUUAGGGAUGGGUGUGGUCAUUUAAACAUGCAGUUAUGCAAACUCAUCUUAGUAUUAAUUUACCUAAAAUAAGAUUUCCAUAGAUUUCCCAAAAUUCCAGGGUAAUUCAGUCCUUGAGAUGUAAACUGAUGUUUUGAUGUGAAUUGUUUAGAGAUUCAUUAUAGAGAUUCGGGUGUCUUUACAGUGGUGGUGAUAAGAACCAGGGGUCGCCAUGACUACAACACAAAAAUGCCAUUUACUAUCCAAAACCGCCAGUCAACCUACAUGGGUCUUCUGAGCUUUACCUGGGAUGUUGAUGAUGUUAAAACAGUGAUACAUUUUAAAAAGUAUGUUUUCUUUGGGGAACAUUUUACCGUUAAACAGCUUGCAUGUUCUUCUGCACCAUUAGUGUGUUUUAAUACGUAUGUUUUAGGCAAAAACCUUCUCCAAACCAUCAUAAAACAACGUCUCAGACAUCAUUUGUGUAAUAUAUUUCUGUAAGGGAGCUUUUAGAAUCAUUAAAUUCCUUAAGACGUCUGGUUCCCAUCACCACCACUGUUCAUUUCACAUCAGACCACUCUGAAUGGCUUUCUUUACAUCUUAGCCAUUUAAUUAUGCUGGAAAUCGAAAAAUUGGUGGAAUUCCUUUAACUGGGUAUUCAGAUAAGAUUAAGAGAUGCUUUAUUAAUCCCACAAACGGGGAAAUUCCACCUCCGCAUUUAACCCAUCCGUGAAGUGAAACACCACAUACACACUAGUGAAUAGACACACACACUAGGGGGCAG